AGAUAAGCUGUACGCGUCACAGCGCACAGAAUGCAUUAAGAACGACGCUACGUUGUCGUUGAUGUCAUCCGGUGGCCAUUCACACACCGAUGCGCGUGUCAUUGUGGAGAAGGCCUUUCUGCGGUGCUACAACGAUCGGUCCCCGUUUGUAUCGCGGCCAAUGUGGGAGCGCGAUACCAAAAAGUAGCGGUCAGAGGAAACGAUAGCAUCGGACCUGCUUUGGCACAGUAGUAUAGAUAGUCGUCCAUCAGUACAACAAAUGUCCGUCACUGUUUGGAUUGCCGCGAGAGCACGAUGCCACGAGGCACAUGCGCAAGAAACAGUCCUCGAAGGAACCUGAUUUGGCGCGAAAGGUCCACAAUGGAUGCUGCAUUGAUUGGUCGCCGUUUGUAACGCGGCCAAUGUAGAUGUUCGGUACACUACUGAAGGAAUGGGUAGUGGAUGAAGUAUCGAUGGGCUUGCUUUUGCUUAGGAGGCCUUCAUCAGUACUAAAACGGUCGGCCACUUUUUGAAGCGCGGCGGUCAAUGUAGGAGCGCAACACCAGCGAGUAAUGUUAAAAGGAUUAAGUCAUUGAUAGGCGUAGAAGGCCUUGAUGGUUGUCACAACAAACUGAAACAGAGGAUAAAGCGGCCAAUACGCGUCAUAUACAACAAUUGCAGGCAGGGGUAUUCACAAUAAUGAACACGACCUGGUGAGAAGCCCUUUCUAAUCGCGGCGGAUGGGGCCAUUCCGCGCGCUGCGAUAGGGCACACUUUGUGUAUGGGAGUGUAGUAGGGCAAAGGAUAGUGAGAGUCACGCACUGAUUCGCUUGUUAUAGUGGAGAUGGCCUAUACACCGGCGCUAUGCUGAUGUGGCACCAUUUUGUAUGGCGGCUUUUGUAAACGCACAAUGCGAAGUAGGCAUGGGAAGGGCAUACUGUGAUAGCCAUAUGGUAUACUGCUAUGCUUUUCUUUUGUGUUAUGGAUUGAAUUUCAAGAUACAUGACAAAGCAAUAGGGAACACAUUACGCAUGUCUGAUCCGUUCGGAACAGCGCACUGUUUCUGAUGACCAUGCUCAACCUAGCGGUCACAGGUGUAAGUUUGCUCAAUUUGCACGUGGACACGCGGAUACAAACUAUGAAGGUCUGAACAUUUUAUACCAUUCAAGAGCCACUAUACUCCAGUAGUUGCACUCAUUCGCUGGGGCUUCAAUGAUUAUCGAUCACAACCUUCCUGUGAAGGUCGAGAUUGGGGGAUCUAUCACCUGUGGGAGAGCUAUUGUCCGAUUCAACAUUAUACUUGAUGCUAUUACACCUCGUUCGAGAGAGAGAGUGAGGACGGACUACAUCGUCUCGACAAUCUAUCCCCCAGUAAAAUUGACAAAGGAAUUCUCCUGUAAAAUUGUCAUUGCGUCAGAC